AUGCGUCGAGGAACAAUCAUAAAUUCAUGGCAAGAUUUACAUACUAUGACAAGUUCAUGUUUAAAUCAAAGUGUAGGCUUUGAUAAUGAACCAUUUAAUUCAAGUAAACAAAAUCAACAACAAACAAAGGCUACUGCUUAUUAUGAAACAGAUCAUUCAUCAGUACCCUGCAGAUCACUUUCACCACCAAUAAGUUCUUUAAAUAACAAUCAUGAACGUGCAAAAAGUGCUGAUCAUUCUCAAAUGUCAUUAAAUGCAACAAUGCCAAUGGCACCAUCAUCUUCAUCUACAUAUACUGACCCAUUGAAUAAUUCAGCAAAAACAACUUCACGUAUGUCUCGUUCAGUUAAUGCACGUAAUAAUAGUACUGUUGAUAAUCAUUCAAAUACAAUAUAUAUUGAUAAACUUCAUGAAACACAACAAGAAUGUGAAAAACAAGAAUUAAAUUUACUUAAUAAACGUUUUGGAAAUUAUUUAGAUAAAAUAAAACAUUUAGCUAAUAUAAAUGCUAAUCUUCGUCGACAAGUUGAUAAUGCAUAUAGAAAAUAUAUGGGACAAUAUGAAGAACAAGAUAUUGAAAUAAAAAAUGAUAAUAAAAUUAUUAUUAAAAAAUAUCAACAUCCAUAUGAAAUACAAUUAAAUAAUUUACGUAAAAAUAUUAAUAAUGAAGUACAUGCACAAACAUUAGUACAAAUACGUUUACAACGUGCUGAUUAUGAUAUUAAAUUUUAUCUUAAUAAUAUUAAAUUAUUAACAUUACAUGAACAAAAACAAGCUGAACAAAUUCGAAAAAUUCGACAACAACUUGAAAUUAAUUUACAAGAAUUAGAACAACUUAAACAACAAUGUGAAAAUCGUGAACAAGAUUUACAAAUGUACAAAAAUCAAUAUGAUGAAUAUAUAAAUAAAUUAAUCAAUUUUUCUAAUGAUUAUGAUAAAAUAACUUAUGAACGAAUGGAAAAUGAAAAUAAUUUAUCUACUCUUAAAGAACAAAUAUCAUUCGAACAAGAAUAUUAUCAUAGACGACAACAAGAAUUUGAAUAUUUAGAAAAAUUUCAUUAUAAUUUAAAUAAAGAAUUUAAUAAAAAUGAAUUUCAUUAUAUUGUUCAACAAAUUCGUAAAGAUUAUCAAGAACUUAAUGAUAUACGUUUAUCUGAAUUAGAAACAUUAUAUAAAACAAAAUUAGAUACAAUACGAAAUGAAAUAAUAAAACAUGAUGAACAGAAAGAACAACCAAAACAAGAUGAAAUUCGUCUAGUUUUAGAUUCAACAAAACAAGAAUAUAGAAAAUUAAUUGAACAAAAUCAAUUACUUAAAGAUAAAUUAGAACAUCUUGAACAUAAUCUUCAUACGAUAAUUGAACAAAAUCAUCAACAUUAUGAAAUAUCCGAUCGUGAAUAUAAAAAAUUACAUAUUGAUUUAUCAGAAUUAGAUUGUAUUAUUGUACAUUUACGUGAAAAUACUGUUAAUCUUUGGUCAGAAAUAAAUACAUAUCGAUAUUUAUUACUUAAUUUACUUACACCAACUAAUGAUAAAAAAACACAUCAACAAUAUCAAAAAUCAUCUCGUUCAUUUUCUUCUCCACCAACAUCAAUUAAAAAAAUUAUUUCAACAGAAAAAUCUAAUACAUCAACUAUAACAACUGAACAUAAUAUUCAAGAAAUAAAAAAUUCAAUAUCAACAAAAACAAAAUCAUAUCCACAACAAUAUCGUGAUGAAACGACCGGUUUCAUUGUACAUAUUGAAGAUGGAAUAAUAUGGGUGCGAAUUUAA